UUCAGUUCAACGCUGUUUAACAAGUGAUUAGGUUGCUUCUUGGAAAAUCAAGAUUUGAGGAAAAGUUGAAUCAAAUCAACACUACGAGCUUUGCAGACAUUUCCAUUCCAAAAUCAUGAGUUGGAUUUUGUGUGUACUUCUUGCCUGCUUUGGUCUCUUAGAAGCCAGACAUAUCACAAAGAUGACGCAAUCAGGGACAUGCGUCACACAUUACGUCAUUUCUUCUGCGAAUAGAGAAUGCAAGAGUGAUAUUGACUGCGAUUCUUACAUGUCCUGUUGCCAACACACUAGGAACACUUACUCGGUCUGUGUUCCAUACAAAGAGAAAGCUUUUUCGUUGACAAAAGCACACAAAUCUCACAUCAUGAAUAACAAUAACGACAUCUAUAAGUUCCAUUUGCCACAACCUUCUCCGAUUCCUCGUCCAUUCCUGGAUGAAUACAGUCGUCGAAUGAAGUCAUGAAAAACGUCGUUAUCCCAAACUCCAAAAACAAAGCGCAGGGAUUCAAAGCAUUUAAUCUCUCAUCACUAGCAGAGAAAGAGGCUGCUUCAAGAACAAAUGUAGUGUGUAAGAGGUGCCGUACAAGACAGGGACCAAGCUGUGCUGCAUAUGAGACAAUGUUCGGUUUGCUUGUUCAGGGGUGCUAAACAUAGUAGACAUUCGAAUGCCGAUAUUUGAAAAGAUGCAAUUUAGUGUAAAUGGGGAAAAUUGUCUUUACUUGAAAAGAAUAAUGCUGUUAUAUUUAAAGAAGUUUAUGUAUACUCUUAUACAUUUAUAUCUUAUGUAUAUGCAUAAUGAAUGUGCUUCUAAAAUAUAGCAUACAGUGUGCUGCAAUAAAAGUUGAGAAUUUUU